GGAUCCCAUUCGGCGAAAUGCUUACGAGUGUUUUGGACCAAUUUCCUCUCGCUGGUAGACGUGUACUACUCAUAAAGCGCUCCUGACUUUUCUUACCCUCAUCUCUCGUCAUGUCCAAUAACAACGCCAGCAACAACUUAAUUGUCGCUCAAAGGGCCGUGAAGCAGCUCCGAUUGGAGGCCAGCAUCCGGAGGAUCAAGGUGUCUCAGGCUGCUGCCGAGUUGAGGAACUUCUGUCUGCAAAAUGCCUCCAAAGACCCCCUCCUGGUCGGUGUGCCCUCCAGCGAUAAUCCCUUUCGACCACCAAAGUCCUGCUCCCUGUUCUGAGUUUGGCAAGAGCAAUGAAUAAUUUCUGAAUCUAUAUACCGAAGGCUGUCUUCAAUUUUACUUAAUGUUGCUGUAGUUCUGCCAGCAGCUCCCUCCUGGACCUCAGGAAGGAUGGAUGGAUUCGGGGGGGGGGUUUGUUUUGCCAAAACAAUCCAUGAAUCACUUUCAUGCUGCACCAAACUUGUGGAGUCUAAAAAUAGUCAUGAAAUCGCACCAAUAUAACUAAUACAUUUAAAGUAUUUCUUCAUUUUGCUAGAUAUUUGGUUUCCAAACAUAUUAUUUUAUAUUCAAUGCCGUAGAUAAAGCCAGGUAUUAAUUUAAAACCCAGUACUGUUAUACAGGAUACUCUUAUUCAAACACUACAGACAUAGAAUUGAACUUGUGGUUAAGUUGUGAUCCACUUUUCAGAUAUUUAUAGCUAUGCUUAUGUUCUCACUAUUGACACACUAUGACAUGGUGCAGAUCUAAAUGUUUUUUAAUAGCUUGUUGUUGUUGCUUUUAUUAGCUUGUACCCUGUUACAAACACAUGCCUUAUACCAUUUGAAUAAUAACUGACUGUACAUCACUUAAUAUAUGCAAAUAGCCAAACAGCAGCUAUUUUGAAAACAUCCAAAUGUUCCUGUUCAAUGAAUCUUGCUGAAGUUGACCUGUUGCAUGAGCUGUUUUCCACAAUGGAAUUUUAUGCCAAGCGACCAGGUCUUUUACUACUGUUACCCUAUAUAGUCCUUGUCUUUGCUACUGUGAGCAACAAUUUUAGAAAUUAAAUUUCUUUUUCACACAGUAA